AUGUUAACUAUUAUUGACAAUAAGAAUUAAAGUAAUAGGAAAAUGAGUGCUCAAUUAAUAAUUGAAGAAUUUGUUAAAUCAAAAGAAAAUCAUUAAAAAUAAAAAUCAUAAGAAUAGAUAUUAUUAAAUCUUCCAAAAAAGUUGUUUAUACAUAAAUAGCAAUUUAAUGACAUAUAAGAAAAUUUAAAAAAUAGAAAAUCUAAAUAAACUUAAGAAGUUCGAAAUCGGUUAUUUUCUCCAAUAAAUUCAAAAAUUCUUAAUCCUCCAAAAUCUAAAUCUAUAUAAGAAAAGAAAUAGGAAACAUAAAUUUAGAUUGAUCUAAAGAGUGUAAUUCCUUAAUCAUCAAAAACUUUGAUUGAUUGGAUGUAAGUAAUAAAAAAUAUAAAUUGUCCAAAAGAUCCUUUAAAAAAAUGGAUAAGAGAUAUUAUAAUAAAAAAUAAAAUAAUUCAAGAUUAUGAUUUUGCUAUUUUAAUAAGAAUUUUGAUGCAAUUAUAUAAACUAAAAUAAGCAACUUUAGUUAAUUUAUUUUCUGAGAUUAUAGAGGAAUUAGAAAUAUGA